CAAGCAUACAUGAUCAUCUGCCCCGUCAAAUAAAAAUGAUUAGCUAAGAAAGAAAUAUACGUCCCCUCCAAGUAAAAAAAAAAAAAAAAUUGAAGUAUAAAUAAAGUCCGUACGUAUCUUAAAUAAUAUCUCGAUUCAAGCCAGCGUUUCAAAAGGUGUCCUCUUCGCUGUAGGAAGAGGAGAAAGGAAGGAACUCCCAUUCUUUUUGACUUCUUAUCUCUCCUCUCUCUGUCGCCCUAAUUUCCUUUCAAUUUUUUCUAUAAUCAAUCUACCACUUCUUCGAUCAAUUCAUUGAUUGAUCUUACGAAUUAGGGAUUUGUAUAUUCGCCGAAAGAUGUCAUACGCUUACCUUUUCAAAUACAUCAUCAUAGGAGAUACCGGAGUCGGGAAAUCAUGUCUUCUUUUGCAGUUCACUGAUAAGAGGUUUCAGCCUGUGCAUGACUUGACCAUUGGUGUUGAGUUUGGUGCCAGAAUGAUUACAAUUGAUAACAAGCCCAUUAAGUUGCAAAUAUGGGAUACGGCUGGUCAAGAAUCCUUUAGAUCUAUCACGCGAUCCUACUACCGAGGGGCUGCUGGCGCGCUUCUGGUUUAUGACAUCACCAGGAGGGAGACUUUUAAUCACCUUGCAAGUUGGCUGGAGGAUGCAAGGCAACACGCUAAUGCAAACAUGACAAUCAUGCUUAUAGGUAAUAAAUGUGAUCUUGCUCAUAGGAGGGCAGUAAGCACCGAGGAAGGUGAACAGUUUGCCAAGGAACAUGGAUUGAUAUUCAUGGAGUGUUCUGCAAAAACUGCUCAAAAUGUUGAGGAGGCAUUCAUAAAAACUGCUGCUACAAUCUAUAAGAAGAUUCAGGAUGGGGUGUUUGAUGUGUCAAAUGAGUCUUAUGGAAUUAAAGUUGGAUAUGGAGGUAUACAAGGAAAUGCAACUGGUAGAGACGCAUCAACUUCUCAAAGUGGGGCAUGCUGUGGUUAAAAUAUGUUGCAUUACGAAUUCAAUCCAAUUACAGUGCCGGAAAUUCUGCUGUUCUUUGUUGUUUGAUCUUAUAGUGUGGUUUGUUUGUUAAAUUAGUUAAAAAUUUGUGACUUGUGCACAUAUUCCCGGUUGACCAUCUCAUGUCAAACUGUCAAAACUUGUAUGAAAUUUAGUUGUGGAGACCUUAUAUAUGUUCAUUUGUUAUUUCUUUAAAUGAUACUUGUUCAUAUGCCCGUGGAAGGCAGGGAUUUGCUAA